AUCAUUAUUCACAUAUAUACAUAAUAUAUAUAAAUAAUAUACAUCUAGAAAAAAAGACAAAAAAUGGAAGAAGAAAAAAGAUCAAAGUUUAAGAGGAUUUGUGUUUUUUGUGGAAGUAGUUCUGGGAAAAAACCUACUUAUCAAGAAGCUGCUACUGAAUUAGGAAAACAACUGGUGGAGAAAGGGAUUGAUUUGGUGUAUGGAGGAGGAAGUGUGGGUCUAAUGGGACUUGUUUCUCAGGCUGUUCAUGAUGGUGGGCGCCAUGUUCUUGGAGUAAUUCCUAGGACUCUCAUGCCUAGAGAGAUAACGGGCGAAACAAUCGGAGAAGUGAGAGCAGUGUCUGGAAUGCAUCAAAGAAAGGCUGAAAUGGCAAGACAAGCUGAUGCCUUCAUUGCCCUUCCUGGUGGUUAUGGUACACUCGAAGAACUUCUUGAAGUCAUUACAUGGGCUCAACUUGGAAUCCACCGUAAACCUGUGGGGCUAUUGAAUGUGGAGGGAUACUACAAUUCUUUAUUGAGUUUUCUUGAUAAGGCAGUGGAUGAAGGCUUUAUUUCACCAAUUGCUCGUAAAAUUAUUGUGUCUGCUCAAACUGCCCAACAAUUAGUCAAACAACUUGAGGAACAUAUUCCAGAGACUGAUGAAAUCACAUCAAAUUUGAUAUGGGAUGAAGGAAUUCAAAGAUUUAAUUACACAACUACUGAAUCUGAAGUUUCUACUUAAUUAUUAAGUUAUGUUUUUAUUUUGGAACUUUGGUAUAUAAAUAUAUUAUAUUAUAUAAGUAUAUAUAGUGAUGUUGCUAAGGGUUUUUGUUGGAAGAAAAAUGUUUUUUUUUUGUGGGGGUUGAUGGCUCAAAAUUGCAACAUACAUAUUUUGGAAGAAAAAAAAAGGGAAAUAUGAAGGAAAUAUAUGUUUAAUUUUUCUUAUUUUUUGUAGAUUUUGUAAUAGGGUUUAGUUUAUGCUUUUGUGUAUGUUUAUUAGUAGUGUGUGUCCCUUUAUGG